UCUCACGCCGAUGGUGACAGCUGAAGUCUUUUCGGGUUCGCUGCUCCUCUCAUCAAAAUGAGCUCCAAAGUGUCAAAGGAGACCUUGUAUGAGUGUGUGAAUGCCAUGCUCCACCACUCCCAAGUCAAGAAGAGGAAAUUUCUUGAAACUGUGGAGCUCCAGAUUGGAUUGAAGAAUUAUGAUCCCCAGAAAGACAAGCGAUUCUCUGGGACAGUCAAACUGAAGCACAUCCCCAGGCCUAAGAUGCAAGUGUGUGUACUUGGAGAUGAACAGCAUUGUGAUGAAGCUAAGGCAAAUUCUGUCCCACAAAUGGAUGUUGAGGCUCUUAAGAAACUAAACAAGAACAAGAAACUUGUGAAGAAACUUGCAAAGAAAUAUGAUGCAUUCUUGGCUUCGGAAGCUCUGAUCCGACAGAUUCCACGUCUCCUUGGGCCUGGACUUAACAAGGCAGGCAAAUUUCCCACUUUGCUGACUCAUCAAGAGUCUCUCAUGCAGAAGAUUGAGGAGGUCAAGUCUACCAUCAAGUUCCAGAUGAAGAAGGUGUUGUGCAUUGCUGUUGCUGUGGGACAUGUCACGAUGACUCCCGAUGAACUUGUGCAAAACAUUCACUUGGCCAUUAAUUUCCUGGUGUCCUUGCUGAAGAAACACUGGCAGAAUGUUCGCUCGAUGCACAUCAAGUCCACAAUGGGCCCCCCUCAAAGGCUCUACUAAGGAGACUUUUUGAGCAUUCAUUGAAUGGAAUAAAGAACACUAGAGGAACAGGA